CUCUUCCUCCACAGAUUCUUCCUCAAGUUUUUCCUCAAGUGCAACCAGAACUGUCUAAAAAAUGCAGGAAACCCACGAGACAUGAGGAGGUUCCAGGUGGUGGUAUCGACUACAGUGAGUGUUGAUGGACAUGUCCUGUCAGUCUCCGACAACAUGUUCGUCCACAACAACUCCAAACAUGGCCGACGGGCCCGCAGACUCGACCCCGCGGAAGGAACGCAGGGAUACCUAGAACAUGGCUCGGCUCCCUGCAUUAAGGCCAUUAGUCCCAGUGAAGGAUGGACUACAGGAGGCGCUACAGUCAUCAUCAUAGGAGACAACUUCUUCGAUGGUCUCCAAGUCAUCUUCGGUACCAUGUUGGUUUGGAGCGAGUUGAUCACGCCGCAUGCCAUCCGGGUGCAGACGCCUCCCAGACACAUCCCCGGGGUCGUCGAGGUCACUCUGUCCUACAAGUCCAAACAGUUCUGCAAAGGCACACCAGGAAGGUUCAUAUACACAGCACUGAACGAGCCGACCAUUGACUACGGUUUCCAGAGGCUUCAGAAGGUCAUCCCUCGGCACCCUGGGGACCCAGAGAGGCUGCCAAAGCUCAAGGUUUACGACCUUCCAAUGCAGGAAAUAGUGUUCCCUUUAGGAUGCAACUAA